AACUUGAAGCAUUAAACAAUCAAAAUUUAGAACCUAAGGCAUUGGACAAUCAAGAUAUAGAACUUGAAGUGUUAGCAGCAUAUAAUAGUACAGAUGAGCUUUCUGAUAUUGUUUUAUUUACUGUUGAUCUUUUUUCUCAUUACUAUUUUUGUUUUAGCUUUGAUAAUGUCGAAGAAUUUUCUAUAGGGAAAGCCUUUAAAAACUGGGAUCAAAAAGUCAAUUUUUGGUUCAAAAAUAAUAAAAAUCAUAUUGAAGUUAUUACUUUUAAUAACAAACAUAUUGAACAUGAAUUUAAUCUACUAGCAAGCCAGUUUGAUUUAAUGUUAUUCAAGUUAUCAAAAGAAAUUGUUAAAUAA